AUGUCUGAUGAGGAUGCUCUUACGGGACAUGGAAUUUACCUCGCCGGGAAUUUUGAAAUUGAAGAAAAACUCACAGCAGAACAACCACAACGCGACAGCCAAUAUCGAACCUAUAUUUUGUCUAUCACUUGCAGCGGGGCGGACCGUGUGCGAAGCUUUUCGUACAAGAUUCGAGCGACCGGAUAUAGCGCGAAGAAUAUGAAGUUGAGCCCCAAAAAUGUCUACUAUUUGCGGGGGGCAUUCUUUCCUCGAAAUCGUCUGGACACAAAGGACGACCAAUUUUUUUUCGAGGCGUCAGAUUGGGCAAUUAUAACAAACGGUGGAGAUUUCGCUCACAGUUUAGUUGAUACAGUAGGAAUCACUGGGUUGGGCCGUGUCCGCAAAAUUGAUCCCAUUGUCGAAGCUUCUAUUCAACAUUUGAUUCCGAAAAACCCAACCAAAGAUAAAAUCACCACUGUUGUGACAGUUGAACAUUCGGAUUACCAUGCCGAGUCAAAACUUCCCAGGGUUUGCCAGGUUGAAUAUCGCAUCCGUCCUUUUCCUAACCUGGCAGGGACUCACAAAAUCGUGAGACUCGGUCGUGAAUGCCUCUUUCACAGAUACAUUAAAGACUUCAACGAAAAAACCAACUGUUACAUUGUGAUUGUGAAUAGAGUUUCACCCACCUCUGGAUCUGUGGACGAAUCGGAGAUCUCCGCCUCAAUUGGCACAAAGCCGUCCGCCAGCGGUAGCAAGUCUGGCAAUCCUCUUAAGCCGGUCAAAUUCAAUCCGAGAGCAGUCAACUCAGCAUUCAAGUCCCCUAUAAUCACAUCUGAUUCACAAGCUAGCAUGCCGUUUCGCCCUUCCGAUUUUGGCGAAACUUCAUUUUCAUCUGCGUCAAGCAAAUCUAUGGCUUCUCUGUCAAAGAACCAGAGCGCGGAUGAGGAGUCAGAAGAAGAAGCGCCAGUCGCCGCUAAAAAGCCUAAAUCUCGCGCAGCCCCAAAGGGAACCCCUUCAUCAACUGCCGCGCCUAGCAAACACCCUCGAGCUCCACGCGCUUGUCGGGGCCCUGCAGCCGGAGAAGUCCUGGACAUUGCAUCUGACGAAUGA